AUGCAUUACACCACCUACCCCCUCAUCUGGAUCACCCUCGUCAGCACCGUCUGGUGUCAAUGGUCCAAACUCUUUAUCAGCCAGCCAGCCUUCACCAACCACCCAUGGCCCUCCAUCCUCCUCGAAUCGCCCGAGUUCGGCCCCACCGGCUCCUACCUUGACAUCGACCACACGCGCGAGGGCGCAGGCAACUUUCCCGCCCUGUCCUGGCCCUAUCCGUCCGGCACGACCGUCCAGGAGUAUAUCCUCCUCUGUGAGGACCCCGACUCCCCGACCGCCGAAGCUGUCAUCCACGGCCUGUUCUAUGGGAUCCAUCGCGCGACAACCGGGGUGCAGAACCCGGAUUUCUUCAUCGACCAGUCGCAGGCCGAGCCGUUCAUGCUGCGGGGUGGAUUCAAGUACGGCCAGAAUGGAGGAAACGGCGUGUAUUUCGCCCCGCUGGCGCCUCGGGGCCAAGGGCCGCAUCGGUACUUCUUCGAGCUGGUGGCCUUGAAUGAGACCUUGGACCAGCAGGGUCUCAGUUCGCCGGCGAGGAUCGAGGAGAUUAUGCGUGCGAUGGAGGGGAAGGUGGCGGGAUGGGGCGCUUGGAUGGCAUUGUCUCAGAGAGCUUGA